AUGACUUUCUAUACCAGAUUGACACAAAGUGGCUUCCGACAAUACAUUCAUCGCCAACAAUAUAACCCUCGACGAUGGCUCGCCACAAGUAGUCCCCAAACAGUGGCCUUCGAUCCUCCUUCUCAGACGCCAUUGACAAGCACUCUCCAAGCCAAAUACUGGAAGAAUAUACCGUUCUGGAAAGAUGUUUCACAGAAUGAGUUUAUCGACUACAACUGGCAGAUUAAACACUCCCUCCAAAACGCAACUUCCCUCCUGAAAUUCCUUGCUUCAGUUCUUCCAUCUAGUAUACCCUCGCCCUCAACGAACGGAUAUGCCACCCGUGAGGAAUUCAUCGCGGAUGUUGCCGCAGGCAUGAAACGAGCGCCUAUGGCAAUUAGGCUCACGCCGCAUAUCCUCUCGCUGGUCAACUGGGAGCAAGCUUAUUCGGAUCCUAUCAGGCGGCAGUUCAUCCCACUCGCUUCGUCGUUUCAACCGGAUCAUCCACGGUUGCAGUUAGAUUCACUACAUGAGAGCUUGGACUCACCUGUAAAAGGAUUGGUGCAUCGGUAUCCGGAUAAGGUGCUGUUUUUGGCCUCUUCCGUGUGCCCCGUGUACUGCCGCUUCUGCACACGCUCGUACUCCGUCGGCACAAAGACCGAAACAGUCUUAAAGAAACGCUUUCUCCCGCUAUGGAAGUAUUGGGAGCCCAUGUUCGAGUACAUUGCGCGUACCCCCACCGUAACAGACGUCGUAGUCUCCGGAGGCGACUCGUAUUUUCUCGAGCCCACACAACUACGCGAAGUAUGUGAAGAACUCCUGAGAAUUGACAACGUGCGCCGAAUCCGCUUCGCAAGUAAAGGGCUAUCCGUGUGCCCGUCCCGGGUCUUGGAUAUCACAGACGAUUGGACGCAGACGUUAAUUGAGGCCAGUAACCUGGGGCGAAGUAAAGGGAAGAGCGUGGCGUUGCAUACGCAUUUCAAUCAUUCGCAGGAGAUUUCGUGGAUUACGGAGCAGGCGGCGCAAAGGCUAUUUGAGAAUGCGGUUACGGUGCGCAAUCAGACGGUUUUGUUGAAUGGGGUUAAUAAUGAUGUUGGGACGAUGAAGGGAUUGAUUCGGCGGUUGGCUGAUAUAAAUAUCCAGCCGUACUACGUAUAUCAAGGCGACAUGGUCCAAGGAGUCGAAGACUUACGAACACCGUUACGCGACAUCCUCCACAUUGAAUCGCAUGUUCGGGGUACGAUUGCCGGAUUCAUGACACCUUCAUUUGUGGUCGAUCUUCCUGGAGGAGGGGGAAAACGUCUGGCACAGACAUUCCAGAGCUAUGAUCAGAAGACCGGCGUGUCGCGAUUCGUGGCGCCAGGGGUGAAAGGGGAUACGGUUCAUGAGUAUUAUGAUCCGUUGUGGUCGUUGCCGUGAACUUAUCAAGGCGUGAUUGGUUUCAUACAUAUAUGGAUGAGUCUAUGAAUGUGACGCCUUUACUCGUGCAUAUAUGUAUACAUUCAAC